AUGCCCGCCAAAUUCGCCCUCGCCGCCCUCGCCCUUGCUCUCGGCGCGUUCGCAUUGCCUCAGGCCGAGUCUUACACGACGGUCACGACGUCCCCGGACACGUCCGUGCCGCAGUCCACGUACUCAUCAGAGCCAACAGGCCCGACAUCCACAGGCUCUGUGACAGUCUCCACGGGCUUCUUGUCGUCCUACAGCACCGACACCGUGGCGCCAGGCUCCUCCUUCUCUUCGUUCCCCGGGACCGGAACCGAGACUCCUACUUCAACCCUGGAGACCACCGUAGACCCCACGUCAUCUGCCAUCAGCAGCUCCGUCUCCAUCCCCAGCUCCAGCGUCAGCGUGACGUCCGGCGCCUCGAGCAGCCCGGGAGGCAAAUCGAGCGGGUCGCCCUCGCCGUCCACUACCGACGGCGGCAGCAACGGUGCCGCUGGACAACUUAUCGGACAGCACGGGCUUAUGGGCGUCAGCGUCGCCUCGCUCGGCGCCCUCUUGGCCGGGACCGCGCCGCCCGAGUUCCCAGAGGAGGGGAGCGUGGACGUUGAGACGACAACGGUCGUCGCGCCGCCCGUGUUCCCCGAGGACGAAGGCGCGGUCGACGUCGACACGACGACGGUCGUCGCGGGCGUCGUCGUGCUCGCGGGCGAGGUGGCGCUCACGCCGGAGCUCGUGGGGCUGCUGGCGCUCGUUCCGCCCGGGUUCGUGCUCGGACUCGGGCUCUCGCUGGAGCUUCCACCUCCGCUGGACGUCGAGCCGCCGCCCCCACCGCUAGAGGCUGAGGUGGAGGGAGAAGGGGAGGCUGAGCCGGAUGAUGUUGCGGAUGAAGAGGGGGAUGGGGAUGACGAACCGGAGGAUGCGCUGGAGCUGGCAGAGCUAGAUGGGAGGAUGGUCGACGCGGAUAUAGGGAUGGUAGAUGUGAUGACCGACGGCGAGCUUGAAGGUGUCGCGGUCACGGCCGAAGUGACUUCCGUCGUUGCGCUCGAGUCCGUUUGGGCUAAACCAUGGUUGUAUACACAUGAGGGACAUGGUUCAAGGUGGGAGCUGCGCAGAGCCUCCGAGAUUUCUGGUGUCUCAAAUGAACCGGUGUGGGGCGCACAGGCGGUGCAGGUGAUCAAGCGAGCACAUGGAUGUGGUCAUCGUCGGGCGCUUCGCUUGCCUAAGAGCCACGGCUCGCGUCGGCCAAACGAGCCCGAGCUUGCUAUUCUCGGAAUGCUUUCGGCUUAA